UCUGGUGAUUAUCCGGACCUUUUAUAUUCCUGGAAAUCACAACAAAGUGUGGCGGCUUCGCGAUCUUCUUCGCCUCGUUCUUUCUUUCUCUCUCUCUCUCUCUCUCUCGCUCUCUUUUUUCUUUUUUUUUUUUUUUAGUCUUGUGAGCUGACUAGAGCCGGUGUUUCCGCGUUUUUCCUCUCCCUCCCUUCCCCCCCCACCCCCCCAAAAAAUUCAAUAAAAUGAGCUCCUAUUUCGUCAACUCACUGUUCUCCAAGUACAAAACCGGGGAUUCUCUACGCCCCAACUACUACGACUGUGGGUUCGCCCAGGACCUAGGGGGAAGACCCACCGUGGUCUAUGGCCCUAGUACCGGAGGUACCUUCCAGCAUCCGUCGCAGAUUCAGGAAUUUUAUCACGGGACCUCUUCGCUCUCCACGUCCCCCUACCAGCAGAAUCCCUGCGCGGUAGCCUGCCACGGGGACCCUAGUAACUUCUACGGCUACGACCCGCUACAAAGACAGACGCUCUUCAGCGCCCAGGACUCGGAUCUCGUCCAGUAUGCCGACUGCAAGCUCGCCGCCGCCGCCGCCAACGGCCUGGGCGAAGAAGCUGAGAGCUCGGAGCAGAGCCCUUCCCCAACCCAGCUCUUUCCGUGGAUGAGACCGCAAGCAGCCGCCGGACGCAGGCGAGGCCGACAGACGUACAGCCGCUACCAGACCCUGGAGCUGGAGAAGGAGUUCCUCUUCAACCCCUACCUGACCCGCAAAAGGCGAAUCGAGGUGUCGCACGCUCUGGGACUGACUGAGAGGCAGGUCAAAAUCUGGUUCCAGAACCGGAGGAUGAAGUGGAAAAAGGAGAACAACAAAGACAAAUUUCCGAGCAGCAAGUGCGAGCAGGAGGAGUUGGAAAAGCAGAAACCGGAGAGAACGCAGGAGCCCGAAGAGGAGGGGGACGGACAGAAGGGGGACAAGAAAUAG